GUCUAUCUCUCUCUCUCUCUGUCUCGUGCCGGAGAAGAAGCUAAGGGAGUUCGGGUGGAAGAAGAGGGGGGCAGUUCGCGGGUUAGAGACCGAGAUGUUCUGGUAGGAGGUUUGCCGCGGAAGACCGUGCUGUGCUCGCCGAGUGCCUCCGGGGACCUGCGACGGGAAGAUGCGGCGACCGGAGGGCUAGGGCGACCUCCGCGCCGAUGGACCGGCGGCCCUGGACGUCGCCGUGUGGCGUCGCGCGUCUGGCGUCGGUCCUGCUGGGCGUCGCGGCGCUCCUCGCCGCCGACCACGGCGCGGACGGGUCGCGCCGCUUCCGCACGGACUUCCUGCAGGAGCUGCCGACCCCCGGCACGGGCCCGCACUUCGACACCUCGGUGCCGGGCAACGUGACCGGCCUGGUGGGCAAGACGGCCUACCUCAACUGCCGCGUCAAGAACCUGGGCAACCGCACGGUGUCUUGGGUGCGGCAUCGGGACAUCCACCUGCUCACUGUGGGCCGCUACACCUACACCAGCGACCAGCGGUUCGAGGCCAUCCACUCCCCGCACACCGAGGACUGGACGCUGAGGAUACGCUACCCGCAGAAGAAGGACUCCGGCAUCUACGAGUGCCAGAUCUCGACCACGCCGCCCAUCGGCCACCCGGUCUACCUGACCGUCGUCGAACCGAUCACCGAGAUCCUGGGCGGACCCGACCUGUUCAUCAACAAGGGCAGCACCAUCAACCUGACGUGCAUGGUGCUGUACGCGCCCGAGCCGCCGCCCGCCAUGCUGUGGAGCCACAACAGGGAGGUGAUCAACUUCGACUCGCCGCGGGGCGGCAUCAGCCUGGUGACGGAGAAGGGCCCCGUCACCACCAGCCGCCUGCUCAUCCAAAAGGCCAUCUCGGCCGACACCGGCCUCUACACGUGCGACCCUUCCAACGCGAACCCGGCCAGCGUGCGCGUGCACAUCCUCAACGGCGAGCACCCGGCGGCCAUGCACCACGGCCGCGGCUGCACGCGGCGGGGCCCGGCGCUGCGGGCGCUGGCGGGGGUCGUCGUGGUCCUCGGGCUCGUGAGCCGCGUCUAGCGCCGGCCACCGGCGUGACGUCACCGGGGGCCAGUCACAUCGCGCGGCCCGCCCCGCCAUCUUGGAUCACCCAUCCGCGCGGGGUUUCUGAACUCACCCACUGUCGGUUAGAAACAAUAACUGAAUAUCUCACAUCAGCGACUGCAGAUGACGUCACGAAUGUCGGCUUUUCGAAAAAAAGUGUCCGAAGCAGGCCGUGUGGUUUUUUCUAAGCGAUUCUCCAUUUAACAUUAUAUAUACACACGUGAGCGAAGCAUGAUCUCUCUUGAAAGGCUACAAGAAAGUGCGCGAUACGUGUGCAAUGGAAGUUGAUUAAAUUAUUCCCGGCUACCCUACGGGGAAAAAUAUCGUGGUUUUUAAAACUCAAAAAAGAAAAGUUUCUACGUGUGGAGACCUACUGAAACUGUGAAUUACGACAUGUAUCUGUGGGUGUUUCGCUAUGUUUUUAACGACUAAUUCUGUUCGAUUGAAUUUCGAAGACGUAAAAAGUCCCGCGAAGUAUAAAGUACACAGGUUAAAAAUAUAUAAAACCUGAUUCGUUGCAGACUAUUUUUUAACUUAUCUGGUUCUAGCACGUAAUUAAUUGUUAAAAAUUCUGUACAAAAUCACCGACAUAGGGACAGUCGAAGAAUUACCGUGUGCAUAUAAGAAGACGAAGCGAAAACUCUUUGUUAAUGUUACCACGAUUCCUAUGUACAUGUGGGGCAGAAAGGCACAAAUGUUAAAAACAAAACUCUUCUGUGAAAUUUUAUGGAUAUUAUUAUUGUUGUUUUUAACUCUAAUUUAAGAGUAGAAACAAUACAGAUAAUUUGAAAUUCGUUGUUGUGCCCAUUUAAUGUCUUUAACAUUUUAAAAGAUUGUCCAAAGUGGUGAAACAGUAUUCACAAAUAUAUAGAGGAAUGUAGUGUUUCGUUAUAAAUUUUUGAAAUUCGUACAGCAUUCAGCAGGAAGAACAAGUAAAGAAACACUUUUGGACAGUUUCUAAACAUAUUUGUAAUAAACGUUUUGUAUAACAUUUUAUGUUGUUUGUUCAUACACAACAAUAAUGAAAAUUAUGUUUGUGAAGUGGCAUCAGAUGUGACCAUACUGGAAAAAUUACGUUUCAGUGAUAAAACAUAUUUCCCCCCUUUUAAAAUGAAACAUGAUUCUGUGAUAAUUGACACAAUUAAAUACAAGACUGUUGUGCAAUGAAUGAAAUGCUUAUACUUACCUGUGUUAGAAUGCAAGAAAAAAAAAAUUAUGGUUUAAAAUCACGAAUUCUUCUUGUGUUUAAACUUGCUCUUCCUGUUAAUUAUAUUA